AUGUCGGCACCCAUUGAAGAGAUCCAACUCGCCAAGACGGCAGAGGUCGCACCAAACGUCGUGGAGAAGACGUCGAGCUCCAGAAAUUCGACUUCCGCCGUCGACGAGAAGCUGUCACAGCCUGUAAGAACGAGCUACCCUGGAUUGACUGGAUUCUUUCACUGGCACGAGCCGGGUACCUCCAAAGAGGAGAAACGACUCAUCUUCAAACUGGACUGGUUCCUGUUAUCUUACUCUUGCCUCUGUUUCUUCGUCAAAUGGCUGGAUUCAAACAAUGUCACGAACGCGUAUGCGUCGGGCAUGAAGGAGGAGCUGGGUUUCGGGCCUGGCAACGAGCUGACCUGGAUGAACACCUUCUUCAACGCCGGUCAGUUGAUAGGCGCCCCAUUCGCGAACCUGAUCAUCACGGUGAUCCGUCCGAGAUACUGGCUGCCAUCUUGUCUAUUGUGCUGGUCUCUCUUCGUGCUGUUCUUGUACAAGUGCAACACAGCUCAUCAGUUUUACGCCCUCCGUUUUUGCAUCGGUCUUUUCGAGUCUGCGGCUUGGCCUGGUAUCGAAUAUACGCUCGGUUCAUGGUAUAGAAAGUCAGAAAUUGCCAGACGCUCUGCCCUCUUCGUCAUUUCCGGAGUGCUUGGACAGAUGUUUUCGGGCUACUUGCAAUCAGCAUUAUACUCAGGCAUGAACGGGAGGGGUGGUCUCUCGGCUUGGCGUUGGUUGUUCAUUUUCGAUUUCAUCCUCGCGGUCCCGAUCGCCAUUUACGGUAUGCUGUGCCACCCAGAUACGCCGCAUCAGUCGAACGCCUGGUAUCUCAACGAAUGGGAACGCAACCGUGCUAAGGAACGCAUCGAAGAGGAAGGCCGCAAGCCCGUUGGGAAGCUCGAUUGGACCGUGUUCAAGCGUGUUGCUACCAGCUGGCAGUUGUACUGCUUCGUAAUAGGAUACGCAUUGUGGUCGCUGACCGUGGGUUCACUGGUGUUGCAGUACUUCACGCUCUACCUCAAACAGACAGGCUACUUCACGAUCCCCCAGAUCAACAACAUACCCACAGCCAUUGGCGCCGUCAACUUCUUCACCAUGAUCAUCACCGGCUACGUCGCCGACAAGAUCGGCAACAGAGGCCCGGUGUGCCUGGCUGUCGGCUUGAUCCUCACAGUCUGCUACGCGAUCCUGUCAGCGUGGGAUGUGCCCCACGGCUUGAAGAUGGUCGUCUUCAUUGCUUGUGGAACAUACGGCUGCUUCACGCCCCUGCUUGCGGGUUGGUGUAACGAAACCUGUGGCGGCGAUCAGCAGAAGCGUGCGUUCAUCCUCGGCCUGAUGACCUCCGUCGGCCCGGCAGUCCAAAUUCCAUUCCAACAACUUCAGUUCCCUAGCUCCCAGGCGCCGCAUUUCAAGUCGACCCAUGGCUGGCCGUCGGCCUUGGCUUUUGUCGUCCUCUUGACGUUGUGGACAGGAUUCGGUAUCCCGACGAUACAGAAGGCCAUGCAGAAGCGUGUCCAGACUGACGAGCAUCAGUCUGAGUAUGAGGCAGAAACUUAG